AUGACAACUGACAUGCAUCGUGCCGUCAGUUACCAUAGACGCUAUGUACUUCGUCUCCAUGAAUCUGAUGGGUUUGAUGAUUUGGGAGGGUUCAGUCUGAAGAACACCUUCUGUCUAUACCUUUCUUGGCUCAUUCUUUUCAUCUGUCUCAAGAAAGGAAUCAAAUCAUCUGGCAAGGCCGUGUACUUCACCGCCACCUUCCCCUACGUCAUCAUGCUGGUGCUGCUGGUGCGGGGACUGACGUUGCCAGGAUACGAGAAGGGCAUCGCUUUUUACAUGACACCGCAGGUCCACAGGCUGACAGACGCCAACGUAUGGGGAGAUGCAGCCACUCAGGUAUUUUUCACUUUAAGUGCAGGAUAUGGUGGUGUGGUGACCAUGUCGAGCUUCAACAAGUUCAACAACAACUGUGAGCUAGAUGCUGUUAUAGUUGCGUUUGUCAACUGCGUGAGCAGUAUUCUGUCUGGCUUCACCGUCUUCUCCAUUCUGGGCUUCAUGGCGCACAUCACCAACCAGGACAUUGAGAGCGUUGUACACCAAGGAUUUCAUACAACUCUUGCUCAGAAGUUGUUUGAUCAAGGUUAG